AUGCCGCGGAGCGUGGGCUGGGACCUUCCCUUCCCCCCGCUCGCCUCCCAGCCUCAUAGUUUGCAGCAUCUCACCCUGCGCCGCCUUCACAAUUGCGAGAGGCGCCUCAGGGUGGAGGGGGAGAGGAGAGCUUUGAGGGCUGAGGUGGUGACGAGGCCCGCGGCCUCGACCCCGCUGUUCGGGUGCCCGCGGCCCGAGGGCGGAGCCGCCCCGCGCUCCCAGCCGGCCGCCCGACCCGAGGCCGCGGGGUGGGUGGGGCGGAAGCCCAUCGCAACGUUUUAUUCACCUUUCAGCACCGUAUUCUGCCCCUCAUCCGGCUCUCCUGGGAAUUUGUUCGACAACGAAUCUAACUUUUCUAUUUCUAAUCUCAUGCUGAAUUUGUGCAAAUGGAAAACGCAAAUGGCAGAAAGCAUGGAAAAUGCCAAUGGCAGGUGCCUCACACAGAAGCUGCUGUGUGCUCAGAAGGCCUCGUCAGGAAUCUGA